CAUUAUAAAAAUGGGGAGCAAUUGCUGCGAACUAUCAUUCAGUAAAGUAAAUUCUGAUUGUCAAGCAAUAUGAAAGCUAUAACUCUUUGUCUUUUGGUGGUCGUGUCGGCCAGCUGUCUGCUAAGCACAAAUGCCAAUGCAGUGGGUCCCGAUGUGUUCUUUGAGAAUCUGGAUGUGGACUUCGAUCUGCUGGAUGCAGAGCUGAACGGUGAUUAUAUGGAUAUUGAGGAAUAUGGUUUCAUUACCUGGGUGCGCACAGCUCUAAGGAAGUUAGUGAAGACUGUUCGGGGCGUCAACUGCAUUCUGAAGGAGGUCAAUGCGAUAUUGAAAGCUUGCACCGAUUAUGUUGAUGCUAUCGAUGCUUGCGGUACCGCUGUUCCCAAGGAUGUUGCUGCCGUUGUCAGCUCCUGCAAGGCAAUUAUCUCCAUCUGCGACAGUAUCAUCAAUCUGAACAGCAAACUGUGCGCCGCUGGUGACGACGCCGAUGCCAACGCGCCAUCCUCCAAGAAGUGCUGCUGGAACGUGUUCAAGGCCACCAUGAAGCUGACCAGGAAGAUCAACACGACCUUGAAACAGAUCGCCAAAUUGCCAACUGAUACUAGCUCCUGCUUCCUUGAUUCCACCAACGCCGUGAAGCAAAGCUUCAACGAUUUCUUGCCCAAUAUCAACACUUGUGUGGACCAAAUGUAAAAUAUAUAAAACGAUUAUGUACUAUAACGAACAUUAAGUAAAAAAUCUA